AAAAAAAAAAAGAAAAAAAAUCCGCGGGUUUCUAAAUUCUCUCUCCUCUCCUUUUAUCGAUCCUCUCUCUCUCUCUCUCUCUCUCUCUCUCUUCUCCUUCGAUUCUCCGCGAGGAUUCGCCAUGGAGAUCUCUAUUCACCCUCUCGAUCACAACCACUGCUUCCACUGAUCACUACAACGUAGCUCUCGAAGAGAGAGAGGGGGCGAGGGAGGGGGUAGAGAGGGAGGAGGAAUUGGGUGGUGUCGCCGCCGCAAUGGAUCAGGAGAUGGGGACGAACUCGGCGGCUCAGCAGGAUAAUCUGGGGAAAAAGAAAGGAUUGGUAUGAAAUAGGAGUCGAAGAUAAGUUUCAAGAAAUGAUGGGAACGAGCGGUUUACGUAGUCGGAAAAGACUCUUGGCCGAAAAAGAACAGACCUUGUUUAUAUUGUGGAAGGAAGCUUUGGAUCAGAAAUUAGAUAACAUUCUUCCGAAGAAAUGAUGCAGAGUGCCAAAUCUUGGGCUUCUAAUUUUGUUUGGAAAUAUAUUUUGUAUUUUGAUAUAUCAGAGUUUGCUGUGCAGAAUUGUAGGUUAUACGCUGACAUGCCAACACAUAAUCUUCAAUGGAAGAGCUAUGUCAGAAACUUACUUCUCUUAUCAUAUCAGAGCUUUGGUGUAGUAUAUGGUGACUUAAGUACAUCUCCGCUUUACGUGUAUAAAAGUGCGUUUUCUGGCGGGCUAAAGAAUUACCGAGAUGAACAGACAAUAUUUGGAGUGUUUUCCCUGAUAUUUUGGACCAUCACUCUAAUUCCACUUCUGAAGUAUGUUAUGAUAGUCUUGAUCGCUGAUGAUAAUGGUGAAGGAGGAACAUUUGCUCUAUACUCCCUUCUUUGCAGGCAUGCAAAAUUGAGUUUGCUUCCUAACCAGCAGGCAGCUGAUGAGGAACUCUCUACAUAUUAUGGGAAUGGAAACACGACUCGCCAUGUUAUUUCUUCUCCAUUGAAAAGGUUUUUGGAAAAGCAUAAGAGGCUGAGAACUUGCCUGCUUCUUAUAGUUCUAUUUGGUGCCUGCAUGGUAAUCGGUGAUGGUGUUCUCACACCAGCUAUCUCAGUCUUGUCGUCCAUUUCUGGGUUACAAGUACGUGCCAGUGGAUUACAUGAUGGUGCAGUGGUAAUCAUUGCAUGCAUUGUGUUGGUUGGACUUUUUGCCUUACAGCACCGAGGUACUCAUAAGGUUGCCUUCAUGUUUGCACCUGUUGUCAUCAUUUGGCUCUUAUGCAUCGGCAUGAUUGGUCUGUACAACACCAUUUACUGGAACCCCAGAAUUUGUCGCGCUUUUUCUCCGCAUUAUGUUUUUAAGUUCUUCAAGAAGACAGGGAAAGAUGGUUGGAUUUCUCUAGGAGGAAUACUUCUUUCUAUUACAGGUACGGAAGCUAUGUUUGCUGAUCUUGGCCAUUUCACUGAUGCAUCUAUAAGGCUUGCAUUUGUGACUAUCAUAUACCCUUGUCUGGUGCUGCAAUAUAUGGGCCAAGCAGCAUUUCUUUCUAAACAUGUCUUUGAUGUGCCAGCGAGCUUUUAUGAAUCUAUCCCUCAACCUGUAUUUUGGCCUGUUUUUGUGGUGGGUACUCUCGCUGCAAUUGUCGCAAGCCAAGCUGUCAUUUCAGCAACAUUCUCAAUCGUCAAGCAGUGUCAUGCUUUGGGAUGCUUCCCUCGUGUAAAGGUUGUGCACACCUCUAGGUGGAUCUAUGGCCAAAUUUAUAUACCUGAGAUAAAUUGGAUCCUAAUGGUUCUUUGUUUAGCUGUCACAAUUGGUUUCCGUGACACAACCCUUAUUGGAAAUGCUUAUGGUAUCGCUUGCAUGACUGUUAUGUUCGUCACCACAUGGUUGAUGGCGCUAGUCAUUAUCUUUGUAUGGCAUAAGAAUGUCAUACUUGCCCUGCUAUUCCUCCUUUUUUUCGGGUCGAUUGAGGGCCUUUAUCUUUCUUCCUCGAUCAUGAAAGUUCCCCAAGGAGGGUGGGCCCCCCUGGUACUCUCCUUCAUCUUCAUGUUCAUCAUGUAUGUGUGGCACUAUGGUACACGGAGAAAGUACCAAUUUGACCUUCAAAACAAGGUUUCUAUGAAGUGGAUCCUUACUCUAGGCCCCAGCCUCGGGAUAGUGCGCGUCCCUGGAAUUGGACUCAUCUACACCGAAUUAGUAACCGGGGUUCCUUCUAUUUUCUCCCAUUUCGUCACUAACCUCCCUGCCUUUCAUCAAGUUUUGGUUUUUGUGUGUGUGAAAUCAGUGCCUGUUCCAUAUGUUCCGCAUGACGAACGGUACCUCAUAGGGCGGAUUGGACCCCGGCCCUACCGAAUGUAUAGAUGCAUAGUCAGGUACGGUUACAAGGACGUGCAGAGAGACGAGGAAAAUUUUGAGAACCAGUUAGUGAUGAGUAUUGCCAAGUUCAUCCAAAUGGAAGCGGAGGAAAAUUCCUCCUCGGGGAGCUACGAUACGUCUACUGAAGGAAGAAUGGCUGUUAUAACGACCGAUGAUUCUCUCGGCGCGAGUCUGGUCAUGAGAGAUGCUGAGGAGAAUAUGGGCGGCAGCAAUUCGAUCGCCAUAAGGAGUAGCAAAUCGGAAACCCUGCAGAGUUUGCAAUCUGUGUACGAGCAAGAAUCGCCAAGCGUGGCCCGCCGCCGCAGGGUUCGUUUCGAGAUUCCAGAUGCAGGGUACAUGGACUCGCAAGUGAAGGAAGAGCUUUUGGCGCUCGUAGAGGCUAAGCACGCGGGAGUUGCGUAUAUCAUGGGCCACUCGUAUAUCAAGGCUAGGAGGAAUUCCUCGUUCUUGAAGAAGUUCGUCAUCGAUGUCGCCUACUCUUUCCUACGAAAGAACUGCAGGGGUCCUGCAGUGGCCUUAAACAUCCCUCAUAUUAGUCUUAUUGAAGUCGGUAUGAUCUACUAUGUGUAGUUGGGUGAUCAACUGCCAGAGUUGAUGGGAAAAUACCAGACGGCGACAGAACAAGUGCAAAGAGAAUGGAUCAGUGCUUCUCAAUGCGGUCGGGUGUAAAUGCCUUCCCGGUUGGUGAUUCGGAGCAAACAUGCUAAUGCUAAGUCGAUUUAAGAGAGCUUUGUAUAUGAAACUGCUAUGUUGACUUCAUGGUGCUUAUUUGCGACAUUAUUGGAGUCAUGUUUUUUAAUGCUUGUAGCCAAGAAGAGGUAUUUCUCAUGUUUAUAUAUGGAUCAUAAGCUUUGAGUAUUGGGGCAGCAUACCACCUGUUCUAAUUAUUUGACUAAUCAGUGUAGUUCAUAUUAUUUCUGAUAGACAUAUUGAUUAGUCUAUGUAAAUUAAUGAUCAA